GUGUAAAACGCCAAAAUGGUGAGGGGCAUUGGCCAGGGGAUUGCAGGCAUGCUUAUGAUGGUGAUGGCAAGAUCUCGUUGUUCCAGAAGGACCGAUGCGCCCGCACAAAAAUAUGGACAUUUUUUACAAUACUCCAGCAAUUCAGCCGAUCAGAGUUCAAGGCAAGAGAACAAAAGAACUGUGGAGAAUCUCUGCAGAUUAUCCGUUGACGUUAAGAAAAUCCGCAGAUUCAAGGCAUGGGUCCUUUUUAAAGAUGUAACCUAUGUGGAAGAAAUUGCUACUCUUUUACAAAAAAUGGGAGCCAGUCAGACUACGAUAGCCAGUAUUUUGGAAAGCUGUCCAGAGGCAAUCCUCUUCAGCCCAAAAGAAAUGAAUGCCCAGAAAGACCUAUGGCAGUCAGUGUGCCGAAGUGAAAAAGAAUUAGUAAUGUUAAUAGAACAAUUUCCAGAGUCCUUCUUUAUGGUUAAGGACCAUGAAAACCAGAAGUCAAAUGUCCAGUUCUUUCAGGAGUUGGGACUUAGAAAUAUCAUCAUUAGCAGGUUUUUAACAACUGCACCCAGCAUUUUUUGUACUUCCGUUGAGAAGAAUAAACAAAUAAUUCGGAUGCUGCAGGAUAAUUAUCUUAAUUUAGGUGGCUCAGAGGCUAACAUGAAAGUUUGGCUAUUAAAAUUAUUAAGCCAAAACCCAUUUAUUUUCUUGAAUUCUUCAGCAUCUAUAAAGGAAACCUUGGAAUUUCUCCAGAAGGAAGGUUUUACGAACUCUGAAGUUCUCAAGCUUCUGUCCAACCUCAAAGGGUUUAUUUUUCAACUUUCUCCCAGUAGUAUAAAAGAUAGUAUCUUUUUCUCCAAGACUACUUUUCAGUGCAGUGAUAAAGACUUGAAAAAACUGGUAUUGAAGUGUCCUGCCCUUUUAUACUAUUCUGUUCCAGUUUUGGAAGAGCGCAUUAAGGGACUGCUGAAAGAAGGGAUUUCUGUGGAGCAGAUAAGAGAGACGCCAAUGGUCCUUGAGUUAACUCCACAGAUUGUGCAAUACAGAAUUAGAAAACUAAAUGCUUUAGGGUAUAGCGUACAGAGUGGAAACCUGGAUAAUUUGAAUGGAACAAAAAAAGAGUUUGAAGCCAAUUAUGGUAAAAUACAAGCCAAAAAAGAACGUCCAUUGUUCAAUCCUGUGGCACCCUUAAAUAUUGAAGAUUGAUUUGCGAAGGAACUGGGGUACUUAUUUCAGUUGGAAGAACAAAGUAAAAAUGUAUCUGGAAAACUAAAGAGAAUAACAUUUACUUUGUAUCUUACAGUAUGCAUCAGUUUUAAGAAAUAGGAUCUGAAUUCAUGUUUGAUUUCUACAAGUAGCGAAUUAAAUCAUUGCCUAGAAACACAAAUAAUUGCAUGCGUUUUUGACAACAUUUUUAAAGGUGUUCUAGCAAACCUCAACCAAGUUGAUGACUUCCGCAGUACCACAAGCCAUUAGCACUUACUAAGAGGGGGAGGAGAUGCAAGCUAAUCAGGCAUGCGAGCAUUAAGACAGGAUGAAUGGGAAACCCAGGUGUCUGAUGACCAACCAUUCUGUCAUGGGAUAGUCUGUGGCUCUACUGUUGCCUCCAGGCACUUUGUUUACGACUGCAGAUCCAACAGCCGUAACCCCACCAGCCACUGCAGAUACUCCUCCUUUGACAAGCC